GCAGCUUCAGCUGCUCCAUCACUUCGGCUACUCGGAUCUCGAUGCGGAUUAUGAAGAUUCUGGUCAGUUUAGUAGCAAGCAUACGCGGGACAGUGACACCAGUACUACCAUUCGCGUUCUCGACACUAUCGCGGUCGCACUGACCACCGGAAGGCCCGGAGAUGUCUUUGCUGCUGCAUUCGACACCUGUGGGAGUAUCACGCUUGUCUUAGCAAAGAACGCUGUUCCCACCGACGAAGACCGUCAGGCUGCUCUUGAGCUGAUCAGGUUGAUCACCACUCCCACGAACAUUGCUCUUGAUGUUUUGCCUUUCCUGUUUACUCGCUGCGGGGAGAACAUCACGAAGCGGAUCGUGAAGAUGCGUGAAGCUGUGGACACAUCCUCUGACAACCUCAACCGAGUCCUAGGGGUCUACCAACCCGCAUCAUCCAUUGAGGAUGAAUUUCCCUCUUCUACGGACUAUCGCGACUUGAAGUAUAAUGGAAACCAAGUCUCGGCUGAGACAAUGAUGCGCGAUCUUUUGACGGUUAUCACCGACAUGAUUAAAGGUUUCAACUUGCAGAAUAUCAGAGAAACGCCAGACCUCUGCAACCGCUACGCACAUCUUGUGAUCGCCGUCCUCGUUCUCAAAAGAUCCCGUCUGCUACGUUGGCUCUGCCAAGAACACGACGUUUUGUAUCACAAACGGAAACUGGAGGCAGAAAAGUUGAAACGCCGCCUUGCUAAGGUUGCCCAGUAUUACAACGACAUCAGCACCCUCAUCGAGCAUGCCCAGCGCCGUUUCUCGCAAGGCAUUAACCAUCGUUGGGUCGGCCGUAUGGAGGGCACUUGCGAGACUAGGCUAGAUCUGGACGAAAACUACAUGGGCGUCAUAUCACGGGCACUCGGCGGUGUCCCCCUCGCGCCGGAAACGGCGACCGCGUUGCAUGAGAAGGUUCAGAACAUGCGGCAGGUGUGGGACAGCAGUCGUUCCGUCACUACCCGGCUCCAUGCGGAAAUUCGCAUCCUGCUUCAUCUCAGCAACCCGGUCCAUGCUUUGGAUCAUACACGUCAGCAGCCUAUCGGAUGUAGUAAACGGAGUUGCUUAUGCUGCACUGUGUGGAUCUGGAAAUACAACAAGACAUUCAGAACAAAAUGGUUGACGAGUGGGUCCCAUGGCAAGCCUUACGCCGCUUGGGCUUUGCCAGGUUUCUCGUACGACCAUGUUCGGGUGAGUGGUGGGAGGAGUGAUAUCGAUGCAGCCGUCCUGCUAGGAGUCGGGAGGCGCCUGUCUCGCACUCUUGCUGAACUGUUUCCAAAUCAGAGAAGGCUCUCUGAUGAACAUCGGUCGAGCGAGUCGGAGGAAGAGGGCAGGGGGUCGGAGCGACAACUUUACCACCCUCGGGCCAUCAAGGGCUGGAAAUGGUAGAAUGGGGGA